AUGGCAUGUCUAGAUGACGAAAGUAUUGAUCGACUCCAGCACUUCAAGAAUCGUCCAUUCAAGUCCUUAAGGCGAGGUUACGAUAACGACGGGCCUGAUAUACUGAAUUUGCCCAAGGGUAAAUGUGUUCCAGGAAGGAUAUAUCGGAAAGAAUGCCGAUUGUGCUAUUGUGAUGUAAAUGGAAAACUUGGCUGUGGUCCAUCGAAGCGAACACAGUGCAAUAGAACACCGAAAUUUACGAGUGCAUUGACACCGAAUGAUGUUAGGCCGUCGAUUUCAUACGAAGAUUCUUUUCGUCUUCCAAUGUUACCACAUUCAGCUGCCGAGUGCGUGCCGGGAACAUCAUAUAUGGUGCGAUGCAAUACUUGUCUAUGCUUAUGGAAUGGAAAUCUCUUGUGCGACAAACUGUACUGCCUUUACGAAGAAGAUAUUCACACAGCCAAAGCUAAGAAGAUGUCAGGAUCCCCUUGCAAGAAAACGGAUAGGGUUGAGGAGACGCUAUCCAAUCGUUGCAUUCGCUGUAGCUGCGUGAAGAACAAAACCCAAUGUCGAUACUUGUACGGUUGCGUCAUGCCUAAGAGGCAUAAACAGCACGCGGGCUCAAAAAUUGGGCUCAGUUUCAAUACGAAAAAGGAUAUGUGCGUACCGCAUUCUAAGUACACAUUGGACUGCAACACCUGCUACUGCGAACCUGACGGUGGAUUGCGAUGCACACUGAAGACUUGUCUCAACUACCAGCAAGCCGCACACUUGCAGGAACAAAGCAAAUAUCUCGAAAAACAUGGCCUCUAA